CCUUGUUGUCCUACGACACGACGAAAAUCACGAUGAACGGACCAUCCUCAACCCAGCUCUCAGCAACGCUGGACUUUCUGACAGACGCCGCCCAUCUUCUGGCGACAACAGCGCCAGAGACAUCGGCGUUCCUCAUGAACCAGAGAGGCAACCUUAUGUUUGAGAACGAACUGCCCCAGUCCGAUGUUCAUAGACAGCACGUCUGUAGUUGCUGCGGCCACAUCAUGAUCCCCGGUCACGGCAGCACUUUAAAAUUUGAACACCAAAAAGCUGUGCGCAAGAGGCUAAGAGCAGGCCAAAAGUUUACGAAAGCGCCUGUCCAGACGAAGCAGCAGGAUCAAGAGUCGCGCAAAGGGCCAGUUAAGCGCAUCACAUGCGGCCACUGCACAAGGAAGACGGAGAUCAAGUUCCCGGCCCCGGCUCCUGUCUCGAGGCGCAGCAUCAACCUGAAGACUCAACCACCACAACAAGCGCCAAAGACAGCAGCAACAGGGCUAAAACCAAGUGCGGCGUCUACCCUGGGGUCUCUUGCUGGGCUCUCCGCACCCAAGCCAACUCCUUCGUCCAGUGCAAAUAGCAAAAAGCGUGCCAAAUCCAGAAAAGCCGGACUUCAGGCCUUGCUCGACCAGUCCAAUGCCUCCAAAGCCUCGAGGCCUGGUCUUGGACUGAGUCUCGCCGAUUUUAUGCAGAAAUAAAGUUGAUCUCUGAUAUAGAGAUACAGGGGCCUCCAAUUGUUACCGUAUUGGGCUGUCCUUGAAUUUUGGACAGAGAGUUUCCAUCAGCUCGUCCCGUCUUGGAUCCUGAUGAAUAUUGCCCUGUGAUUGGCGGUUUGGGGCAAUUGUGAAGUACAUAAGCUACCUCUCCUCUGGUAUGACUGAAUUGCCGCAAGGAAAAUUCCAGGUCACUCGAGCGGUUGAUCUUGAAAGGACUUCCAAGCAGAUAUAGUUUCCUGGAUACUCGGACAGGGCUCUUGAAAUCUUCAAUUAUCAGAUGAUUAUUUCCGGGACACAUGAAUAUUCAAGGCUGGAAUGUUCCCGAAGCUUUGGGCAGUGGCUCCAUUGC